AUGGUGAAGGUGACUGAUGACUCAGCCAUUAUCACUACUACACACAACUCACUUCAGCGCUCCUGCCUCAUGAUGGAGCGCUUCCAGGUAAUGUACGGCUGGUUCACGAACUGGCUGAAGUCUCUCAUCUUCCUUCUGAACGUUCUUAACACACCUCACUCCUUACCUAUGCCCUCCAUAUCCCCUGAUGACCCCGUUUCGGACACCGUUAUUUGGCAUGAUGUCCGUGUGGUCACCACGCAUAUUGAGUUUUUGCGAGUUCACAUUAAUGACCCAAAUCACCAGUAUGAAAAACUGCGCGACAUUAUCCUCUCCUUUGAUCUUCCCAAUCUCUCUCUCUGCUUGCCACUAACUGUCCUACGGCGAAUUUUCACUCAGUGCCUUAUCUCUCGCAUACUUCCACACCUUGCAUUCCAGCCCAUCACCCAUCAACAGGCUGUCAAACUCGAACACCUUAUCACUCUUCGCGUUCACCAAUACUUUUCUUUCCCAUUUCGGUUCAACUCACAACUUCUCACCCUCCCUCUCCGCCACUAUGGCUUUGACUUUCCUUCCCUUUCACGUCUGAACGACAGUGCUGCAGUAACCGGACUACUACGCGAUCUCAAUCACCACCACACCACCUUUCACAACAUGGCCCGUAUCACGCUCACUGAUUGGACAUGUGCACUCAACCACUGCGUACCUCCCCUUGACUCGCUCCCAACACCUCGCCUCUUCACUCAUCACACUCACAAUCUUCCCUCAUCUUGGAUUACUGCACACACCGACCUCUGUCGGCUGCAACUUGUUCUUCGACACACUGACCAAUCCUUCUUCUUUUCUGGCGAUGUGUCCCUCCGACAUCUUCUACGAUCAUUACCUCCUUUACUCUCCACCACUCCAUCUCCUGCAAUGAUUACUAACCUUGAACGUGCAGGUCUCUCACACUUACACCACACUGCAUCGUGGUCUCCACGGCCACCUGCCUCAUCCCCUCCCACAUCCUGGACUCUCACUCCUCUCGAAAACGUCCCCCACCUCCUUCGCUUCACCGCCGCAGCCUCCGAUUGGCCCACUGUGCAACAGUGGCUGCAGUCCAUCACCCUUCAAUACCUCGUUGAUAGGCACUCCUCCAAUGGACCAAUUGAAGAUGGAACGGGGAGCUCUGGUGUCAAACAGGAUGACACUCGUGCUGUUGAUGGGAGAUCUAGUGGCCCACAGGCCACUCGUGACUGGACUCUUGCCCUGCCUCGCGACAUGCGACGCACCAUUGCUGAGCUUGCUGUACAAGCCCUUGCAACCUCCUCUCAAAUUCCGCUGUUCCCGUCUUCCUCCCCUCUUUUUGCAUCUGACGGUUCCAUGACCCCAGCAACACCUACCCUCCAUCAAUAUCGCUCUGUCACGUUCGCCGCCACCACACCCUCAUCAACCAUUGUAUGUUCCCUAUCAUCGUUCCGUAAUAGUGCCUCCAUCCUCCACGCCGAAGUUUAUGGUCUCAUUGCUGCCGCCCUCCAAGCCCCUACCGAUCUCUCACAUACUCCUCCGUCUCCGCCUCUCUACACCGACCACCUCAACUCCACCCGUCUUAUCAAUGGCUCCCUAUCGGCAUCCUCCCCUCCCCUCCCACAUCAGUGGUCAUCGCUUCCUGCGCGCUCUCUCUACCGCUGGCUUCGUGAUAUCCUUGCCUCCUCUCCUCAAUCAUUACUCACUCUUACGUACACCCCUGCUCAUAUAACCUCUAAUUCCCCCGCUGCAUCUGCAAAUGCAUUCGUCGACCAUCUCGCUUCUCAUUCUCAUACUCUUGCCUUACCCACCCCUCCUGUACCUACCUUUACCAUGGAUGACUACACUCUUUUUUCCUCCUCCGAUGGCUAUAUCGAAUCUGACCCCUCCACCUAUAUCACCCAAUCCCUCAUCACAACUGUUGUGGAUGACAGUGUGUUCGCGCCCUCUCAUACACUCUCCCUGCCCCUGUACAGUCACUGUGCGCCCCCGGACCAUCCGUACACUCGUGCAUCCUCUGCGUACUCUGCACUUGUGCAGUUGUAUGCCCGUUCUGCUCAACUCGACAUGGCAUACCUACGCUUCGCACGGUUCGGUGACACGCUGCCAUGGUGCUGCUUUGGAUGCUCCGCACUGGAAACACCUCACCACAUCUUCGUGCAAUGCCCCAUAUUUGAGCCGCUAUGCUGCCUCGCCUUUCGUGAUGUGUUCUCGGAGAUGUCCAAGCUCCUCGCCGGAGCUCAGAUCACCACCCAACUCUCCGACCCCAUCCUCCGCAUUGCGAGAUCAUUAUUCGUUGAUGACGUCGCGUGGCCUCAAUACACGUCGUACUACUUCCUCGGUGUUGUACCUCAUAUCCAUGAUGACGGUGACCCUCCACCCACUCACAACUUCCAUCGCCUCUCCGUCCGAAUCAUGCAGAUGUGGCACACUACAGGCAUCCACCUCGCGGGCAGAAUAUGGGGAGACUACAAAUGUCGUGUACGUCCGACACACCAGCCUACAUAUACUUCUCCCACCCUCACACUACCCCCUCACCUUUACCAUCUCCUACCAUCUCUAUAA